CACACUCAGCACCACCUAUUUUUACCCCCUUCCUCUUCCCUCUCUGAUGCUACUACUUCUUCUGGUGAUGAAAAAAAGCACACAGAGCAAAAACACUAACAGCAGCCUCCUCUCUCAACUACCCACUUCCCAAAGAAACACAUAAUACACACAGUGAUUACACUUUGGAACACCAAAGAUUCUAUUUUUAACAUCCCCAAGAAUCAAGAACACACUGAAAACUAAUAAAGCUUUGAUCUGUACUCUCUUUAGUCACUAAAGAUUCAUAUAUUUGUUGGGUUUUUGUUAAAAAUGGAGAAAAUUGUGUUUGUUGUCAACUGUGAACUUAAAGCUUGUGGUAUAGUGUAGUUUUCUUCUCCAUUUUCUUGGCUGAGGAAAACAGAAGUUCUUUUUUUUUUCUUCGUCUUUCAGUUUCAACCUUUUUUUUCUACCCAUAGAAUGGGUUGCAGGCUAAAAUCAGUAGAAAAUUUGGAUCCUGUGAGAAAAAGAAGUGGUGGACUGAGAACUAAACAGGCAGGGCGUGGGUCUUGCAGGGGGAGUUAGUUUCUUUAAUCUGUAAUUUUUUAGCUGA